AUGGAGAACGAGAAGGGAGAGAUCGUCGAUCUCUACGUCCCCCGCAAGUGCAGCGCCACCAACCGCAUCAUCAAGGCCAACGACCACGCCUCGGUCCAGAUCUCCAUCGCCAAGGUUGACGAGAACGGUCGCUACACCGGCGAGAACCAGACCUACGCUCUGUGCGGUUUCAUCCGUGCCCGUGGUGAGAGCGAUGACUCCCUGAACCGCCUUGCCCAGCGUGACGGCUACGUCCGUAACGUCUGGUCCGCCUCCAGCCAGCGGUAA